GCAUACUCACGGGUUCCUGUCAGUUAUUCAUCCACCAACAUCAUGAUCGGGAGAGUUGUUUUUCUGGGACUUCUGCUCAUCUGUGUGACUGCAGGUGCAGAAGAGAGGUCUGGACUCAUGAGAAAGCCUACUUGUCCUGACACGGCAGAGAUUGUGGCGUGUCCUUUGAACCUCUCUCCUGUAUGUGGCAGCGAUGGAAACACUUAUGCAAAUGAGUGUCAGCUGUGUGCCCAGAGACAAUCAACGAAGAUGGACAUUAUGAUUGUCAAAGAGCAGAGCUGCUGACCUCCACACCUGGUGAUGUCACUGUCAAGGGCCCAAUCAGAAUCAAGUGAAAUGAUUCCAACUGUUUUAAAUACUUACCGCAAUCAAUAAAUAUCAUUCAACAGUG